CUCACUUUGAAAUUCACGCAACUGGAAGAAAGUCAAUCGAUCACAAUGUCUGAGGAAGCGACCCCCAACACGAACGCCACCAACGAGGAGGACAAGAAGAAGGCUGAGGCCAUCACCAUCCGAGUCAAGGACCAGUCGGGCGAGGAGACAUUCUUCAAGGUGAAGCCUAACACCAAGAUGGACAAGAUCUUCAGCGCCUAUGCGCAGCGCAAGGGCGUUCCCGCCAGCGCACUGCGUUUCUUGCUGGACGGCACGCGUAUUAGCGGUGACCAGACGCCCAAGAUGCUGGAGCUGGAGGACCAGGACCAGAUCGACUGCGCACUUGAGCAGGUCGGAGGCUUCCGGUGCUAAGACUGUCGACAUUUGUAUGAGGGCGAGGAGAGAGGAGCAGCCAAGGAGAAACACAGCAACAUGAUCCUCUCGUCGCUAUCACCUUCCACGUCUUUGAGCUGGCAUCUUGUAUUGAGUGACUUGCUAUCUUGAAGACAUCGGGUCGUCGUUACGAACCAAACGAGAAGGCAUCGAGCGGUAGUUAUUUAACAUUCCCGCUUCGACACUGUUAAAUGCAAGUCCCAGUUUUCAUAUGCAAAAAAAUCUUUUUUUUUCCUCAAACA